UCGUAAUACAAAUGUUGCAGGUUCUCUUCGCUCUGGGUCUGGUCGUCCUGGCCGCCGCCCGACCCUCCGACAUCAUCGACUUCGAGGAGGACCACAUGGAGCACGAGCAGGAGGGCGUCCCAGGAACGGCCGUGGAGGGCGAGUACUCGUGGGUAGCGCCCGACGGGAACGAGUACCGCGUCAAGUACGUCGCCGACCGCUUCGGUUACCGCAUCGUCGACGACAACGUUGUGCCCAGAAUGCGCAGCGACGUGCCGGAAGCCGAGGAGGACGAUGAUUAGAUGUGAAGUUGAAGGACUCGCCAAGAACGUCAUGUUUGCCGCACCUUUCAAAU